AUGCCGGCCUUCGCCCGUGCCCUGGCCUACAAGGGCAUCGCCGGCAUCGAGACCGACCUACGGCUCUCCAAGGACGGCGUCGUCGUCCUCAUCCACGACGCCACGCUCAACCGCACGACCAAUGGGACGGGCGACGUGGUCGACUUCACGGUGGCGGAGCUGAAGCAGUUCUCGGCGGGCUACCCGAAGGUGUUCGGCGACAAGUACCCCGACUACCGGAUCCCCACCUUCCGGGAGGCGCUCGAGCUGCUCCUCAACUCGUCCAACACCAUCAUGGUCCUCGACCUCAAGGUCGAACACCUCGGCCAACACAUCGCCUCCGACAUUGCCUACGUGAGCGCCGAGAGGAACACCACGGAUCUGUACGAUCGGGUGGUCGCGUCGUGCUGGACCGACACGCAGGUGGCCGACAUCGGCCAGUACCUCAACAUCACCGUCAAGCAAAAGCUCGGCAACGCCCCGAAGAAGGGCGAGGACACCAACAAGUACUUCUCCGACCUCCUGGGUCGCGGUGUCCACGCCUUCUCGCUGGCGGCCAACACCCUCAGCGCCCAGUUCAUCUCCGCCGCACACCUCAGGAUGAUGCCGGUGGUGGCGUGGACGCCCAACAACCGAUCGGAGGUGGUGCCCCUGAUUGAAAUGGGCGUGGACGGCUUCAUCACCAACGAGCCGGGCAACGUGCUGGGCUACGUGGCCGACUUCAUCGCCGGCAAGCUCCCCGCCUCUGCCAGCGACGACAAGUUCUCCGUGUCGGACCUCGUCUGGGUCGCCCUCGGCAGCGCCGGUGCGGGCGUGGUUUUGGGCGGCGUGGCUGUGGGCGCGUGGGCCUAUUACCGGUCGAGGACGCACCACUACACCACCAUCAACGGGCAUAUGGCCUAG